AUGGAUGGGCAAAUGUCGGCCACUGCCCGGCCCGCCGUCACCUAUCUUAAGACCGAACCGAACUGGCGGAAGAAUAUAAACUUUGGUGUUGGAACAGCAGAGCCACGGGCAUUUCCGACGCAUCCGAUUAGACAGCACCCUAGCUUUUUGCGCCCUACGUGGAAAGUUUACGGCGUAUUGAGCGUCGAUCUGCCCCCUUAUCAGCCCCGUAUCUAUAUUGCGCAUCCGUAA